AUGACAUUAUGUAAUGUUCUUCCUGCUUUUUAUUGGCAGAUACAACCAAGCAAUCAAUAUGCAACUAAUAACCUAACGGUAACGCCUUCACCCGUAAAUGUUACAACACUGCUACCAGUUUCACCUGCAUCACCACAAUAUCAUCAUCCAUCAACACCAUCUUCUCGACCAUCUCCAUCACAUGCCCUAUCCACUUCAUCCACAUCGUGUUCACCUGCACAGCCACAGGAGAGUCAAGCAGCCAUCCCACGCCAGUUAAAAUCAAAAGCUUCUGCAGCUGGAAAUUUUAAAAAGGCUGCACAGAUUUUGGCGGUUUCCAUGUUUACCGUGGAGGAACGGAAACAGUCCACCCUUACAGGCGGUAAGGGCAAAAACAAACUGGACCCGGAAAGAAUGCUGCUUAUUUGUGGUUAGUAAAUUCAAAUUUGACAAGGGGAUCUUUUAAAAGGGUAGACUGAGAACAAUGUAAAUGAACCAAUAUUGAAACAACCAUGCACCACCAUAAUUAUUAAUACCUUAAUUAUUUCAUUUAUAGAUUUUCUACGCCGUAUUUAUCCUAAAACAUUCAAUGCCUUCCUAGUCAAUCGUGUAGUUGGACAGGUAUUGAUUGAAACAAGGCUUGGAAGACACCAAUUGAAUGGCGAAACCGCUGCAACUAGCACUUAA